AUGGUUAGAUUCACGCGACAGCUCAAUUUUCUACUUUGGAAAUGUAUUUUGGUGAAGAAGCGGCAGAAGGUUGGGUUUUCAAAUUUAAAUUUUUGAAAAUUUGUAAAUAUUAUUAUUUGGCGCGUUUGGUUCGCGUCGAGACCACACACAAAUUAUGAAUGCGCCCUGACUUUUGUAUUUUGUUUUCAAAAAAAUUUUUUUUUCAGUUUUGGCUCGCUGUUGAAUUAAUUGUGCCUUGCUUACUUUUCAUUAUCAUCGCAUUAGUAAGAACUCGUGAUUUUAAUGAAAGCCGUGAACAAUGUAAGUUUCCCUCUAGUCAAAUUCCAGAAAAAAUUUGAAAUAUUCUCAGGUCAUUAUGAUUCAAAAGGAAUGCUUUCAUCGGGUAUUCUCCCAUUUAUCCACUCAUAUUUUUGUUCAUUUUCAAAUCGUUGCUAUAAUUCACCAACAACUGGAGAUGAAAAAGAAUCGCUAUUCAUUGGAAAAUCAAAAAAUGAGUCAAUGUGAGUGUUUUUUUAAUUUUUCUCAUCAAUUUUUCGUUUUUUAGAGUCGUUGAUUUGAUAUAUUAUUCAUCUUUACAAUUGCGAUGGAUUGGAGAACAUCCAAAUGAGUUUGAAGAAUUUGUGAAAGCCAGCGCGGAAGUUAUUCAUUUUCUAAGUUUAUUAAAAUUGGAAACACCUGGAAUAAUCACAAUAAACGAAUUACUCGGAAAAGAAUUGCAACCAGUUGUGUUCUCCCGAUUGAGACAAUCAAAUAUAUCAGAAACCACAGCGAAUAAACUAUUAGGGGCCUCAAUUUUACCCGGAAUUUAUGAAGUUCGAAGGGUGAUUGAUCCAGAUUCGCUAGAUUUUAUGAGCAUGUUCAGCAACCCGUUGUUUUGUGAUGAUCGACUUCUCGAAAAUAGUUUUUAUUUCAAAGAAAAAUUGGAGAAAUCUGAAAAAGAAGAACUUUGCGAUAAAUUGACUUUGGUAGAUCUUGCAGAUUAUCAGGAUGUUUUCCAAAAUGUUUCACUUCCUAUUGUGAGUUUUUGGUUUUUUUCAAUAAAAAACAACUAUUUUUUCCAGGAAUCUCGAUUGAAUUUGGCAAAAUAUAUGAGUGAUUUUCAAAUGAUUUUCAAACCAUCUUUCGAAUUCCUAAACAAAUAUCAAAAUACAUCGAACAAUGAUCUUCUCCUCGCUGUUUUUUGUGGAAACAAUCCAAUGGAUAUCAUCGAACAAUCAAUAAAUCCAACAAAUGAAAUUCAAGUAGAAACACCAUUUCAAAAAAUGCGCGAAAAACUCAUCAAAUUUAUUCAAACUGUUACCCCGGGUAAACAUAUUCAAAACGGAACUUGUACACCAAUCACAUAUCACAAAGAGAUGAAUUGCUCAUCUUUAGAAGGACCAAUGUUGACUGAGUUUAUGCCGAUUUUACAAGGUUAUAUUUUAGUGUCACCAGAAAAUGCAGCAACCAGAAGAAUGAUUGAUAAAGUGAGUUACUUGUACAUUUAAAAUGAAUUCAAGUGUUGUUGUUUUUCAGCUGAAUGAACCCCUCCAAUACGUUGAAUACAUCCGGAAUCUUCUAUUCAAUUAUCCCUCCGAAUCAACAAAUCUUCAAUGGUCCCUUCAUAACAGUGAUUUAUGGCCAGCUAGUCAGAAUAUUUUGAAAAUCUUGAAUUCGAAUGCAACUUUCAUGACAACACAUGCUGAAAUUAUGACAAAUCCAACCCUCAAAUUCAUCUUCGAACAUUUCUUCGCCGAUCCUUCCGAUCCAUACUCUUUCGGCCCUUAUACUUCCCAAUUCGUCCAGGUUGCAAAUCAAUAUUUAUCGUGUUUUUUGGUUGAUCGAUUCAGAUUUGUGAAUAAUGAAAAGGAGAUGGAAGAUGUAGGUUUUUACGAGUUGAAAAAUAAGCAAAAUGUGUUUUUUUUAAAUAGAAUGCUCUUUGUUUGAUGGAUGGCAAACAAUAUUUUUCUGGAAUCGUUUUCGAAGGAAUGAAAAUCAAUUCAACACAUUUCGAUGAAUUUACAACCUACAAAAUUCGACAUUAUCCAUCUUUCACAGAUUGUAAUUUUGUUUUCUUUGGAAACCUUGAGAAAAACCUUUAAACUUUCAGCUACAAGUGGAUUUAUGGAUAGUAGAAGUAACCCAUUUUCUCGAAAUCGUCCUUUCCAAGAUUUGAAAUAUCUAACAUUUGGAUUUUCGUAUCUUCAGGAAUCAAUCGAUAAUUUUCUUAUUUCGGAUCGAGGAGGAAACGGUGAAAAAAUCGGAGUUUUCGCUCAACAAGAACCAUUUCCAUGCACAACAAAAGACACGUAAGAGUUUUCACAAAAUAAUUUUCAAAACAUUAAAUUUUUCAGUUUCAAUGUUGCACUGUUCAUGCCAUUAUUUUUGCUCAUCUCAUUUAUUUUACCCUCUGCUCUUCUCGUCAAAAAUAUUGUAUACGAAAAAGAAUUGAAAAUCAAGGAGCAAAUGAGAUCUAUGGGUCUCGGAGAUUCUGUACACUUUAUCUCGUGGGCUUUGAUCUCUCUAGUUCUAAAUUUUCUUUCGGCUUUGGUAAUCUCGCUGAUCACGAAAUUUGCGAAAAUUUUCAAUAAUACGGAUUACACACUUCUGCUAUUCAUCUUAAUCCUAUUUGUUUUCGCAUCAAUAGGUUAGUUAUUUUAGGUAUGAAUUAAUUAAUGACGUCAUAAUUUCAGCCAUGUCACUUUUCUUCACAACAUUUUUCACAAAUGCCAAUAUUGCGACUGCUGCCACUUGUGUUUUAUGGUUCAUGUUUUUUAUUCCGUUUCAAUUGAAGGCUGAUGAUUUGAAAACACCGACUUUUAACAGAAUUUGUGUAAGAUUUUUUUCUGAUGAAAAUUCUGAAAUUAAAAAAAAUGAUGUUUUCAGCUAUUACUUCCACCAACUGCAAUGGGACAUCUUUUCAAAUUGUUGGAAAGUUUUAAUGCGAUCGAAAGAGCGACUUGGGCUGAUGUUCCGGAAAUGGUGGAUCCUAGUGAGUUGAGAAAGUCUAGAGAACCUAGUGCGCCUAGAAAAUUCAAUCGUCAAGGAUCCGUGCCUAGAGAACCCAGUACUCAAGUAUUUGCGCCUAGAGAGUCUAGUUCUAAAGAAGCUGCGCCUGGAGAACUUAGCUCUUAAGAAGCCGCGCCGAGAGAGCCUAGUUUUCAAGGGGCCGCCUCUAGAGAUCCUAGUUAUUAAGUGGAAGCCCCUAGAGGACUCAUUUUACAAGUAACCUAGCCUAGAAAAUUCAGAUGUCAAGUAGCCGCGCCUAGAGAGUCUAAGCUUCUAGUAUCCACAUCUAGACUUUCACCCUCCCAAGGAUCAGCACCCAGAAAUCCUAGUUCUCAAGUAAUCGCUCCUAGAGAACUCAGUUCUCAAGGCAUCGCCUCUAGAUUACCCAGGUUUCAAGUAACCUAGCCUAUGAAAUUUGGCUGUCAAGUAGCUGCGCCUAUAAACUUCGAUCACCAAGGAUCAGCGCCUAGAGAGCCCAGUUUCCAAGAAGCCUAUGCGAUUAUUUUAAGCUCACAAAAAUCAUAAAUCAUGAACAAUUUUUCCAGGCCUUGGCUUAUCGGUUGAAAGAUGUAUGAUAAUGUUGGUCGUUGACACCGUCAUUUUCCUGAUCCUCGCCUGGUAUAUUUCGGCAGUUGCACCCGGCGAAUUCGGCGUUCGCCAACCCUUCUAUUUUCCAUUAACAAUUCGCUAUUGGUUGCCGAAUUUCUAUCACAAUCGCGUUGAAUUUCUGGACGAUGACGAGAAUUUCGAUGUGAUUCAAAAUGGCGAUAAUUUCGAUACGGAACCGACUGGAAUGAAAGUCACUGUGCACAUCAAUUCGAUGAGUAAAGUUUAUGAAAAUGGAACCAAAGCGGUGAGAUUUCAAGUCUUUUUUCUAAUGAGCAUGAGAAAAUAUUUAAAAAUUUUCAGCUGGAUGGUUUGAAUUUGCGACUCUAUGAAAACCAAAUAACCGGUUUACUCGGACACAAUGGUGCUGGAAAAACGACAACAAUGUCGAUUUUGUGUGGAUUUUAUGCGCCGAGUUCUGGAACAGCGAAAAUCUAUUCGAGAGAUAUUCGAACCGAUUUGAGAAGAGUUCGAGAAGUUCUUGGAAUUUGUCCACAGCACAAUGUUUUGUUCACAUUGUAGGUUUUAAGAGAGUUCAAAGCAGCUUCAGAAUGAGAUAUAUAUGUUUCUGUACAGUUUUUCACGCUGAGAAAACUCCUGUUUCCAGUUUUUGCUCAGCGACUCUCUGAAGAGCACAAAAAUGAGCCAAAAAUUGAGAAAUUCACGGUUUUCGGAGCCCAUAACUCGUGUUGGAGAAGAUUUUAUCAAAAACUGAAUUCAGGGCGAUGUUCAAGAGGGUUGAUUCACCAAACUCCAAAGUUUUUACAAAAUUUUCCUUUUUUUGGAUCGAUUUAUCAAAGUCACAAAUUGUUGAUCAGUAAACCUAUAAUUUUUCAGAAAAAAAAUUUUGUGGCUCAAAAAAUAUUUUUUUUUUUUUUUGAAAAAUUUUGUCAAAACGUUUGAGUUUGGUAAAUCGCCCCUUCUGAACAUUGUCCUGCAUUCAGUUUUUUCACAAAAUCAUCUCUAACAUGAGUUAUGAGCUCUCGAAACCACGAAAUUUCUCCACUUUUUGCUCAUUUUUGGGCUCAGGAUCUUUUUCAGCGUGAAAAAGUGUACAAAAAAUAUAUUUCUCAUUGAAAACCUCCCCGAAGAUCCUCCAAGUAAAUCUUAAUUUUAAGCUUAACCGUUGCUGAACAACUUCGAUUAUUUGCUGCACUGAAAGGAGUUCCAGAUGAUGAAUUAGAUCAACAAGUUGAUGAAAUUCUGACAAGUGUUUCAUUAAAAGAAAAAGCGAAUAAAUUGGCAAACACAUUAUCCGGUGGAAUGAAAAGAAGACUUUGUAUUGGAAUCGCGUUCAUUGGUGGCUCGAAAUUUGUGAUUCUCGAUGAACCGACAGCUGGAGUUGAUGUAACUGCACGAAAAGAAAUUUGGAAAUUAUUGCAGAAUAACAAAAAGGGACGAACUAUAAUGCUAUCCACACAUCAUAUGGAUGAAGCUGAUGUUUUAUCGGACCGGAUUGCGAUUCUUUCACAUGGACAAUGUAUUACUGUGGGGUCGUCGGUGUUUUUGAAAAGGAGAUUCGGGAAUAAUAUGACACUUUCCGUGGUGAAACAGGAUUCGAAGAUUGAGUAUUCGCAGAUUUCGAAAGAGAUUUGUGAGAUGGGCAAAGAUGUUGGUGUCUUUUUGGAUGUUUCGGAUGAAAAUGAAGAAGAAGUUGUAUUCAAGUUGGUUUUUAUUUGAAAAUUUGUGAAACAAAAUAUUGAAAUUCAAAAGUUUAGGUCAAAAAUUCGAAUCAAAACAUUAAGCGCCAAAUUAUGUGUGCCACUUGGCAGAAAAAUUUAAAUUUAAAUUUUUAACAAAAAAAACUCCCAGCAUCCGAUUUUGGGAUUUUUUGGAGCGAAACUGUUGAAAUUCAAAAAUUCAAAUUUGAAAAUUUAGGUCAAAAUUUCGAGAUUGAACCAUUUUGGCGCGAAAAGUGUCGUCUCCGACACAAGCUGAUGACUUCACUCGUCACAGCUAGUUACCCUAAUCCCAAAGACUUACUUCUGUAGCUCAGCUUCCACAAUAUCCUUGCGUCGAUUUCCGCGCUAGAUCCACAGACCGGUGAUGAGUCAUCUCCUCGAUAGACUGACGUCUCUUCCCUCGGACCUUGCAUCCCACCAAAUGGGCGUGGUCACAGAGAGGCUUACUUAUAUUACACCCUUUGCUAUUGGCUGCGCCACAAAAAGUGCCAUGUGGCUGAAAAAUAUUAAAUUUUGGAAAAAUCCCAGCUCCCGAUUUGGACAAAACCAGGUCUUGGCUAUUGCUAUUUUCAAGGGGAUUUUAAUUGAAAAAUUUAAAAGUUGAAAUUUUUAUUUUUGACCUGAGCAAUGCUAUUUUCAAAGGAUUUUAAUGGGAAAGUUAAUAAUUUGCACUUUUAAUAUAUAACCUGAGCAAUGCCUUUUUUAGGGGAUUUUAUUGAAAUAUUCAAAAUUUGAAACUUUCAUUUAUAACCUGAGCAACGCUGUUUUCAGGGGUUUUUAAUUGAAAAGUUUAAAGUGAGCUAUUUUAACUUAUAACCUGAGCAACGCUUCUUUCAACAGGUGUUAAUUGAAAAGUUUAAAAGUUGAAAUUUUUAUUCAUAACCUGAGCAAUGCUGUUUUCAGGGGGAAUUUGAAAGUUUAGAUGUGCCACGUGGCAGAAAAAUUUAGAUUUAAAAUUUUCAAAAAAUACGAAUCCCCCAAAAAUUUGAUCAUUUUUUUCCAGUAUCCCAAUCCAAACCGAUUCUGACAAGCUGGAAGUGUUCUUUAUGAAACUUGACGAAAGUCUUCAGAAUUUCAAGCUUGGACAAUAUGGAAUUUCAGCACCGACACUUCAAAAGGUUUGCCACUUCAUAUUUUCUCCUCAUUAUCUUAAUUUAUUUCCAGAUUUUCGUCUCAUUGGCUCCACAAAAAGAAUACAAUGUGCCGAAAGUUUCGAAAUUCGCAUGGGUUCGAAAAUUGAAAUCGAAAGUUUUCAAAGAAUCGGAAGAAGAUCGGAAUGAUUUGAUAGAGGAGCAAAGAAAUGGAACAAUUCAGAAUAAUAUGCCAUCAACUUCGAAUAUUGAAAAUAUUCAGAUUCAGAACAAUGAAAUUGAAGAGGAUACAAUGAAAUUUGAAGAUUUUGAAAAGCCUGAACUAUUGGAUGGUUUUGUUCUAACACUUCAACAUUUUUAUGCUCUUUUGGUUUGUCGAAUGAAUUAUACGUUGAAGAGUAAACGUAUUUUCCUUUUCCAGGUGAGUUUUUUGAGUUUGAGACUUCAGAAUUCCAGAUUUAUAUUGAGAAGUUUAAUAUGAGCAAUGCUCAGGAGAUUUUUUGUGAAAAAUGUAAUAUGAACAAUUUUUCUGGGUUUGAGACUUCGGAAUUCCAGAUUUUAAUUAAAAAUUUCAAAGUGAGAAGUUUUAAAUCACAUAUAACCUGAGCAAUGCUAUUUUCUGUGGAUUUUGAUUGAAAAGUUUGAAGUGAGCGUUUUUAACUGAGCAAUGCUCAGGAGAAUUUAUAUGAAAAGUUUAAUAUGAGCAAUUUCCUGAUUUUUUUCUGUUUGAGACUUCAGACUUCAGAAUUGCAAAACAAAAGUUUCCUUUCCAGGUCCUCAUUCCCCUUCUCCUUCUUGUCAUCUGCGAACUGUAUGUUGUCUCACAAGUUCCGUCAUCUCGCCCUGAUUUGAUUAUAAGUCAACUUCCCUUGCCUCUCGAAACCGGGCUUUUUGGAAACAUGAGCGAUUUUUAUGUGAACAAUUGGGAUUCGACGGCGAAUUCGACGUCUACGUCGAUUCUCAAGUCGAUGUUUGAAUCGCCUGGAACUGGACCGAGAUGUGCCGAUGAUGUGCCGAAUUUGUGGGUUGGGAUUUUGAAAAAAAACAUGUUUUUAGCUUAUUGAGGAAGCCCAGAUUCCCUCAUAUUAUUUUUGUUAAAUGUGAGCAAUUUUUCUAGUGUCUAGUUUUUUCACUAAUAUGAACUAUGGUUUUUAAACCAUUUUUUCAGUAAAAAAUCUGAGAAAAUCCAAUUUUUUCAAACUUAACAUGAGCAAUGUUAUUCUCAAGGGAUUUUGAUUGAAAAAAAUUUAAAAUUUGCAAUUUUUAGUUUAUAACCUGAGCAAUGCUAUUUUUAUGGGAUUUAAAACUAGAAGUUUAAUAUGAGUAAUUUUCAUUUAUAACAUGAGCAACGCUUUUUUCAAGGGUUUUUAAUUGAAAAGUUUAAAAUGAGCAAUUGUUUCUUUUUUGCAGAGUUCCUUACCAUAUGGAUCUAUAUAUUCGAAAUCAUUAUGGAUUGGGAAGAAGACAGCCGACUCCUGGAGUUACCAGGGAAUUUAUGUGAGUUUAAUUUUGAAAAUUUUCAAAGCCCAUAAUUUUUCCGUUUUCAGUGCCAAUUUUGAAGAGUGCCAGAAUAUUCAAGGCAAUUUCAACUAUGCUCAAAAUCUAUCACUCAUCGAUUAUAACUCGCCGGUUUAUUGUGAUUGUGUGGAUUUUGGAUGGAAUUGCACAUUAGAAGAUUGGGAUUGGCAAACAACAAAUUGGAUGAGAUUGAAUACAACUGAUCGAAUAUUUGAUAUGACUGGAAGAAAUUUGACACAAUUCAGAUUGGUUACAAGAAAUCAAGAGAUUAAUAAUAAAACUGCACCGUUUUUGUGAGUUUUUUUCCCGGAAUUUUGUGAAUUUCUCAAGAAAUGUUUAAUUAUUUUCAUUUAGCCUUGGCGGAUUCUCACUUGGUCAUAUAAAUCAUCGUGCACAAUCGAAAGAACAAAUUGAAAAUGCGAAAAAAGGAUGGAAUUUGGUGGUUGAAGACACUUUUAUGUUCACAAAAAUCAUCAAUAUGAAUACAAGUUCAAUUGAACCGGAUAUUCCCAAAAUUAUUGAUCCAUUUUUGAUGAAUGUUACGAUAACUCAAGUUGUUGAUGGGUUGCUGCAAAAUCUUGAUGUGAAACUGAAUGUUAAGACGUGGUUUGAUAAUAAGAUUUGGCCGGCUCUUCCGAUUUCGUCGAAUAUUCUUUCGAAUAGUUUGAUGAGGGAUUUUAAUAAGCAAAUUGGUGAGUUUGGGAAAAAUUUUCCUUGAAAAAAAAUUUGAUGAGAGAAAGAUUUUUGAACCAAAAAACCUGAUGUUUUUUAUUUUUGAAAAUUCAAUUCACAAGGGAAAAACUUCAAACCUUUGAUGAAAUUUUGUCCAUAGACAGCUUAAAAAUUUUAGGACCUCUGAACCAAGUUCUGGGCUCUGGGAAGUUCAAAAAUUGGCUUUACAUAUCAAAAUAAUUUUUGGGAGAAAUCAAGUUUUGGAUAUUUAUCAACAUAGUCGAUUUACUAAAAGUACAUCAAUAAAAAACAUUUAUUUCGAAACAUUUUGAAGUUUUCUAUUUUUCGACUGAAAUUUCACAUUUUGUUCAAAAUCAAUAAAUUUUCUGAAAAUUCAAGACGCUUUUUGGGAAAAUCGACCCUCUGCUACUCAGUUUUACACUACAAUGAUUAGAAGUUGAGUUUUGAGAGCCCAGAACUUGGCUAAGGGUGUUCUUUUGAUCCCAAAAGCUGUUCAUAGACAAAAUUUCAUCAAGAUUCGAAGUGUUGAGUAAAAAGUUGCCUUGUAAGCACAAAAUCUCAUUUUCCAGCCCCUGAAAAACUCGGAAUCUUCACCCUCAAUCAUCCAAUGAAUAAAACAGCCGAAGAAUCAUUAUCAGCAUCUGCCACGGGUUUCGCACAAUCUUUGGCUCUAUUCAGAAUCACUUGUUUAUUAUUAGUUCUUUCAAUGAUUCCAGCUGGAUUUACAGUUUAUUUAGUUGAAGAUCGAGUUUGUGAAGCACUUCAUUUGCAAUUAGUUGGAGGUUUGAAGAAAACUACUUAUUGGAUUACGAGUUAUUUGUAUGAUAUGGUGAGUUUUUUGGUCAAAAAUUGCCCAAUUUUUGAAUUAAUUUUAGGUGAUUUAUACAAUAGUGGUGAUAUUUAUCAUGUGUUUAUAUGCGAUAUUUCAUGUCAAUGAAUUCACGGGAACUAUCGAAUCAUUUUGCGCGUUUUUGAUUGUUUUCUUCCUUUAUGGUGCUUGUGCUGUCCUUUAUUCUUAUGUUCUUCAACGACAUUUUCGUGUAGCUGCACUUUGUUUUGUUUUCAUUGCGAUUGGGAGUUAUUUUAUUGGAACAAUUUGUGCACUUACCGUAAUUAUGUUGGAGAAUCUGAUGCAGAAAGAUCCGACACUUGUUCCGGCGCACACGGUUUGCUCGUGGGUUUUCCUGAUAAUGCCACAGUAUAAUUUGGGAUUGUCGAUUUUUCGAGGAUCGAUGGUUUAUCAAGUGAAGAAAGUUGGAAUCAAUUUUUUGGGUUGGUUUUUGGGGGGAUUUAUCCUAAAUUAAUGCGGGGAAAUAUGGAACAUCCGAGAUUUUGAUCCCAAUUUUCCUCAAUAAUGAAAUUCGGAAAUUUUGGACAAUUUUCAAACAUUUUCAAAAGUUUUCUGAUUUCACCAAAAAAUUUAGGUCAUUUUGAAAUUAAAAGUUACUGUAGUUCAUGGCCUCAAAAAUCCACGUGGCAAAAUUUCAAAAAUAAAUCCUGGUUACUGUAGAAAUCAUUUUUGGUUUGAAAAUAACGUAAUUUUUUUUCUGAAUUCAACCAGAUAUUUUUCAAAAAUUUUGCCACGUGGAUUUUCGCGCCAAAAUCAACAGUAAUCCAUCAAGUUUGCUCUCAAAUUAUCCAAUUUUUUGCUGAAUUCAGCCAGAAAAUUUUUAAAAACUUUGCCAGCUGGUUUUUUCCUACAGUAACCCGAAAAUUGUCCAAAAUUUUGUCACGUGGAUUUUUGAAGCCAAAAUCUACAGUAACCUAUCAUUUUUGGAAUCGAAAUAACCCAAAUUUUUUGAUGACUUCAAAAAUUUCAAUAUUGUUUUUCCAGAAAAUAUAAAUCGAAGUGAUAUGAUUGAUAAAUUGCCACUUCCUCGACUUUUGGAUUGGGAUGUAAUGGGUCUUCAUGUUGUAUUUCUCAUAAUUCAUUGUUUUGUCGCUGCUGGUUGCUUGGUUUUCUCACAAAUGGAUGAAUUCAGUUUUAUGAGACAUCGAGAACGAGAAAUGACAACUUCAAUGAUGUUAAAAGAUCAAACAAAUGAUGAUGAUGAAGAUGUUAUAAAAGAGAAAAAUCGAGUUGAUUCAAUUCCCCAAAGUGUUCAUAAUAAUGCGCUAGUUGUUCGAAACCUGGCAAAAGCAUAUACAGCUGAACAAUUGGCUGUGAGAGGAAUAUCAUUUGCUGUUGAACCGGGAGAAUGUUUUGGGCUGUUAGGAUUGAAUGGGGCUGGAAAAACGACGACGUUUUCGAUGUUAACUGCGAAAAUUUGGCCAGGACAUGGGUUGAUUGAAAUGCAUGACACAAGGAUUUCGCCGUUCUCAUCGGUCACCAAACAUGAUUUUAAGCAAUUGGGAUAUUGCCCGCAAUUUGAUGCGUUGAAUAUGAAAUUGACGACGAGAGAGAAUUUGAAAUUCUAUGCGAGGAUUCGUGGAAUUGUGCCAAAUCAAAUAAAUUCGAUUAUUGAUCGAUUACUUGUUGCAUUGCAUUUGAAACCCUAUUCUGAUACGAUGACUGCUAGUUUAUCGGGUGGAAAUCGAAGGAAAUUGUCGGUUGCUGUUGCACUUGUUAGCCAGCCGUCUUUGGUGUUUUUGGUGAGCACAAGUCAAAAUUUUUCAAAAAUUUAAUGUAUGGGGUUUUUUAAUUCAUUCAGAUUUUUUUUUCAAGUAAAAUUAUGAGAUUUUUCUAAAGUACCUAUUUUUUUAUCGAAAAAAUUAGGAUUUGGAGAGAAAAAAUGGGCUUCCUUCGGAUUUUUCUACAGAAAAUAAGUUUAAAAAAAAAGUUUUAUAUAAAAUUUAUUUGGAAAAAUCAGUUUUUCAAACCAAAAAUUAUGAAAAGUUUUUUUUUUCUGAAAAUUAUAUUUUUAAAUUUUCACUGUUUCAAAAUUUUUCAUAUAUUUUUGAAAAUAGGUAGAAAAAACAUUAAUUCUUUUAAAAAAACAUUUAAACAUUUGAAACAGUGAUUUUUUAGCAGAGAGUAAACGCGCUCCAUGGACAAUUUUUAUUCAAUUUUUUUUUUUUCAAAAUCCGAAAAAAAUCUUAAUUUUAGAUGAAAAAUUACAUGAAAAUAAAAUAUAUCAAAAAUAUCUCUCUCACAUAGAAAAAAAAAAUCUAAAAAUCCAAAAUUCUAGGAUGAACCAUCUGCUGGAAUGGAUCCCGGAUCUCAACAAUUCCUUUGGAAAGUCAUUGAACGACUUUGUAAAAGUGGAAAAGCCGUUGUUCUCACCUCACAUUCAAUGGAAGAAUGCGAAGCGCUUUGCACUCGAAUUGCAAUUAUGGAUCGGGGAAUAAUUCGAUGUCUUGGAGGCAAACAACAUCUCAAAAAUAAGUGGGUUUUUUGCUGGAGAUAACUGGAACUCAUCUAAGUUUCUUGUAGAUUUGGAAAAGGUUCAAUGUUGACUUUGAAAUUGUCGAAAAUGGAUGAAGCUGGAAAAGUUGCUGAAUUGAUGAAGGAGAGGAUUUACGGGUCGAGAAUUGAGGCGAUUCAUUGUUCGACGGUUUUUAUACAUAUUGAACAAGGAACUUCGAGUGUUGCGCAGAUUUUGAAAGUUGUUAAUAAGGUAGAUUUUUGGAAUCAGAAAAAAAAACAUUCUGAAUGGGAUUUCGUAGCAUUAUUUUUGAAUAGGUCAAUGUUUUGGUCAAAAAGUAGUCCGAUUCAGAUUUUUCUCACACCUGGGCCCAAAUUCAUAAAAGUGGCACAGAAAAAAUUUUUGGUACACCAAAGCUUUCUUCAAUUUUUUUGGUAAACUAUUUUUUCGAAAAACUCAAUUUUUUGAUGCCUAAAUCUUGAAAUUUUCAAAAAGUGAUGCGAUCUUCCGAAUUUUUCGCAAAAAAGAGCUCCGAUUCGAAAAAUCUUAAAAAUCGGCCCAAUUCUCACAAAAAUAUCCCAAAUUUGGUAUUCCUCUGCGUCACUAACACACAGUUUUGAGAUCACCAGAGAAACAAAGUGAAAGGGUCUCACACCGAAACACCGUACUUGGAAAAAGUGUCAAAUUUUUCUACUCCAAUUAAUUUUUCAGGCGAAAAGAACAUAUUCAAUGGAAGAUUUCACAUUAUCCCAAUCCACAUUGGAUAAUGUAUUCCAAUCUUUAUCCGAAAAUAGCCUAUAUUCUUCAUCAUCUCCUUCUUCAAGUUCUCCACCUCAACCUCAAGAAUCAAUUGUUGUUAUUCCAAGUGAUCGAACAGAAGCAUAUACUGCAUAA